AUGCAUCUUGCACCAAGAGAACGCGAUAAGCUGAUCAUUACACAAGUAGGUCAGCUUGCACAACGCAGACUAGCGCGUGGAGUACAGCUCAACCGCGCAGAAGCUACAGCUUUAAUAGCCUCGCAACUGCAAGAACGUAUUCGCGAUGGCAACCACAGUGUUGCCCAGCUCAUGUCGCUGGGUAAGCAAAUGCUAGGGAGGCGGCAUGUCUUGCCUUCUGUUGUCGCUAGCCUACAUGAAAUUAUGGUGGAGGGAACCUUCCCCGACGGCACGUAUCUUGUCACUGUGCAUCAACCCAUCUGCUCAGACGAUGGUGAUCUCGUGAAUGCGCUGUAUGGAUCUUUUCUACCUGUCCCAGAUCAGAGCCUCUUUAUCUUGGCGGAGGAGAAGGCUUAUCUACCACUCAAUCAGCCAGGUGCCGUGUACCAUCGCAAAAAGGUGGUGACGCUCAAUGCUGGCAAGCAGCGCUUUGCUCUGCGCAUCACGAAUACGGGUGACCGGCCUAUCCAAGUUGGUUCACACUACCAUCUCAUUGAGACGAACCCAGCUCUUUCAAUGGACCGUGGGCUAGCAUAUGGUAAGAGACUGGAUAUCCCGGCGGGCACAGCGGUGCGAUUUGAGCCUGGUGAUGCAAAGACGGUGCAGUGUGUCGAGAUUGGAGGGCAUCGUGUCAUUUCUGGCGGCAGCGGGAUCGUAAGUGGCCCAGUGGAUCCAGCGAGAUUGGCUGUGAUACUGGAUGUGUGUCGGGAGCGAGGGUUCAAGCACGUUGUGCAGGCAUAG